GGUACUUGGUCCUCAGACGUCAGUUGCAGUUUGCCGGGUCACGCGCACGACUGCGCCGCUUCGCCGUCCGGUCGCUUUUCGUUUGAAUAUUAUAUUUUGUAUUGUACAACACACCGAUUUGUUAUCGUUUGGUUUUCUACACAACACCAGCUGCAGAGAAUCUGGCGGCAUUUUUAGCGAUUCCGUCGUCAAAAAUCCUGUCCAAGACUACGUGUACCUGUAACCUAGCCUAUACCUACUCUGUAAUAUCGUUAAAAUUUUCAUAAAUUUUCCCGCCGGACUGUAUCAUAAUAACGUUGUCUGCAAUUUUCCGCGUUCUGCAGCAUUUCCCGCAACACACUUUGUCCGUCGAGAUGGGUGACUGCGGCGAUGCCGAGGAUGAGUUUGAAGACGCUCUGGAGGUGAUUCCGGCGCACUGUAAAAUGGACUUGAAUACUGCUUUAUCGGAUUCCAAAAUUGCUAUACAUUUGUUUUUCAACAAUAAAUUUGACGAUGCUCAACAUAUAUUAGAACCAUGGGUUGGAACGAGUAUGUACCACACCAUUGGGAGAUCGAUUUUUCUGUUUCUAGAAGCUUUACUCACAUUUGAACAGUCGAGCAUACAGAAAGCUUCUGCGGCGCUGAAAUCCAGUAUCCGUUUGUGCAAUUCGUAUCGCAGAAAAACCACUCUGACGCAGUCCAUCGGGAACAUAAUGAAAAAGCCUAACUACGACUCGUAUACGCCAGACGAGUUGCACGCUGAACUGUGUUUCGCCGAAGCACUGUUACUCAAAGCACUGUUGACAUUCAUCGAGGAUGAGACGUUAGUCAGUUUCAUCCGCGCUGGCAUUAAAAUACGAUCUUGCUACAAUUCGUACAAAGAAUGUAACGUCAUACUUACCUCACGUGAGUGGUCCGAAAACGAGAAGUCUUACAAAGAGCAUUUCGAGAGCGGUGUGCGCUUAGGUAUUGGGGCUUUUAAUCUGAUGAUAUCGUUACUGCCAUCGAAAAUAAUCAAACUACUGGAAUUCAUCGGGUUUUCCGGGAGCAAAGAACAGGGUCUCGGCGAACUUGAAUUGUGUUACCAGGUACCACAUGGACUGCGUCACGUUCUAUGUGUGUUGACUAUGCUCACAUACCACCUAGUCGUAGUAUAUGUUUUCAGUCAAGAAGAGGGCGACUUAGAGUUUUGUGACACAGCACUGCGCCAACAGCUGACGCUGUAUCCCAACGGCGCGUGGUUCUUAUACUUCAAAGGACGCCUGGAGUUUAUGCGAGGUGACGUAGACGACGCGAUCAAGUGGUACACGGCUUCGGUGGAGUCGCAAGACUCGUGGCCGCAAUUCCAUCACAUAUGCUACUGGGAACUAUGCUGGGCCAAUUGCGUUGCUUUAAACUGGAAACGGGCAGAAAUUUACGCAGGCAAAUUGGCCGAGCAGAGCAAGUGGUCACGCACUACAUACAACUACCAGCGCGCGUGCAUCAUGCUCAUGCGAGGAUACAAUUGUCUGUCCCGCGACGAGCUCAAUGUGGUCAACCAGCUAAUGGCUGACGUGCCCAAAUACAAACAGAGAAUCGCUGGAAAAUCRUUACCAAUGGAAAAAUUUGCUGUGAAGAGAUCUCAAAGGUUUACCAAUCAGAAYAACCGAUUGUUCAUGCCCGCCAUUGAAUUGCUGUACUUGUGGAACUUGUUCAAAGUGUUCGGAAAACGCAAGACAUUGUGCGACAAUCUAUACAGACUCAUUGACAAAAACACAAAGGACCUUGAAAAAAAUCCUGCUAAUACUGAUAUUCAACGAGCAUCCAUUAUAAAUGAUUUAAAAAAUUACUCCGGUUAUUCGCUGGAAACAAGACUGCAUUUUCAAAUUCAUUGCGCUUGGACCACGCUGAACGAGCGCAAAGCCAAAACCUCAACGGACCACGACGAUCUCGCACCUGACAGUCAAGUCGACGACAACCAAAGAGAAAACCAUAGAUUUACAUCUACCUAAUAUAUAUUAUAUAUAUAAUUAUUAUUGUCGACAGUCUCGGCCAAAGUUCAUAUUUUAGUUAGGUUGCGUUGUUCGACAUAUUGUUAUUUUAAAAUAAAAUAGGUGAUAGUCGUGAUACAUAGUCCCAUGACGCCAGUCGUGUUUAGCAUGYGGUUAGUUGUUCAUCUUCAUUUUAUUUUAUUAUAUUUCUGAUAAUUGAUAAUUUCCAUAUAAUAUGAAAAAGAAAAGACUUUAAUCGAUACAUUCCCGUACGAAACUCCUAGACCAAAUCCAUGGACCUUCUCCCUCGUCAACACCAACAAAUCGUUAACGUCAUUGCGGUGACGUCAAACAGUAGGUUAAUUAGGUAGUUAUAUAUUUUUUUWAUAGUUUUCAGCACAUUAGUUCCAUUUUUCGUACUGCAGCUAUAGAUUUUUUACUUUGCUUGAAUUCAAUUUCAACUAAACAACUAAACUAUAUUUACAUAAUAAUAUUACAUACCUAAUACCCAUCUAUAAAUUACGGUCUAUUUAAUGUGACACUUAUCGACUGCUAUUAUGAUACUACAAUUCGAUGACAAAAACGCCACAAGUCAUAGCGUAAUUUUCAUUAUAUUUUCAUUUUGCUAAUAAACUMGAACUUUAUUUAUUCGUAAGUUGUAUUCUUCGAAGAAAAGAUAAAAAAAACACGUACAAUUGCCAACGUACAAUAUAAAACGUGCUCGUGAGCGUUAUUUGCAUUGCAUAACAGUUAUAACAGACCAUAAAUGAAUAUUUUAGAUACAGUCUUUAUAUUUUACCGGUUUGUUAAUGAAGUUAGUUAACGCAUUUAUAACAAAAAUAACAGCAUUUAAAUCGUGGUUUUAGAAAUUAUUUUUAAUGAUCGUUUCUAUUGGAUUUCAAUUCUUUUUAGCUAGGAAUAUAUUAUUAUAAUUUAUUAAAUUUAUUGAAAAUUGAAAAAAAAUUAAUUAUCUUUUAAAAAUCAAAAAAUCUAAAAACUAUAACCCUGUCUUUAUUGCUUACAUUACUCCUGCUGAGACCUAUUUGGUCUAACGCAUCGAACUAUAUGGGAUGCAGCCAAUGUUUCUAAUAUAAAAUGUAUCCAGAGAUUCAUUCCAAUCCAAAACCCUCAAAAUUAUAAUUAAAUCUCAAUUCUACGUAUUUUUUUCUUUACAUGAAUUUUAAAAUACACUGCACUGUCAAAAAUCUUUCUWAUAAGAGCUUCAUUGCCUAAUUACCCAACCUCAACUCUCUUAACAUCCAAAGCAAAAUUAAACUUUCGAUCGUAUUUCGUAUCAGAAGAUUGGAGAAUAAAAGAAAGGAAUUGAAUCCAUUGUUAAAACAUAAAAAAAGUAUGCAUCACCAAAAAUGCGAAUGCAAUUAUUCAACUGGGUGGGUUAGAAUGUUAGAUAUAUUAUGUGAAAGUAAACAUCACUAAAGUGAUAUUAGUUGCACAUUAUUCGAAAUAUUAUUUUUUAGAUUUAUAGAUGUUAUAUUGAUUGUCAUGGUUGGUGUUGGUAAGGGGAAGACCACCGAUUUCAAAAAUUAAUUUACUUAUUUUAAAUAUUGUUGUUAUUGUUGUUUAGCACCAUUUAGACAAACUAUA